AUGGCAUUUGUUACUUCUACUGCUGUUGCCAUCCCAUCAUUCACCGGCCUUAAGGCCGCCGAUGCCUUGGCCUCAAAGGUCAGUGCUGCCACGAAGGUUUCCAACCCUCUGAUCCCCAAGCUGGUAGUGAAGGCCUCAUUGAAAGAUUUAGGUGUUGCAGCAGUUGUUGCUACUGUUGCGACUGCAGUGCUAACCAGCAAGGCCUUAGCCAUGGAGGUUCUACUCGGUGGAGAUGAUGGAUCACUGGCUUUCAUUCCUGGCAACUUCUCUGUAGCUGCGGGAGAGAAAAUUGUGUUCAAGAACAAUGCUGGAUUCCCCCACAACGUUGUGUUCAAUGAGGAUGAAGUUCCGGCCGGAGUUGAUGUGUCCAAUAUCUCUAUGCCGGAAGAGAACCUGCUGAAUUCAGCUGGAGAGACUUUUUCAGUGACUUUGACACAGAAAGGAACCUACAGUUUCUACUGUGCUCCUCACCUGGGUGCUGGCAUGAUGACGGGCACAGACAUUAAUGGACAAAGUUACUCUGGGAUGUUGAAAAUAAGCACCGUCCAAAUAUGA